UUCUGAUAAUCUACGUCGACUUCCGUUUAUGACUUCCUCUGUGAAAUCCGUGUUUCUCCUGUUUCCGCCUUUAAUUAAUUAAUCUAACUCUGUUUACUUUUUAGCAAAAAUGGCUAAUAGUAACAAAGGUAAAAAGAGUGCAUGGUCGAUUGAAGAUAAACCUGUGAAAGUAGAUAAAUGGGAUGGUACAGCUUUAAAGAAUUCUCUGGAUGAUGCUGCAAAAAAGGUUCUUGUUGAGAAAAUGGGAUUUGUUGAAAGCCACAAGUUGAUGGAUGGACGUCUAGCUAUCUGUACAGUUGCAGUCGGAUUUGCAAUGUUUGCACUCAUUUGGGAUUAUUUGAAACCCUUCCCUAACUCUCGGCCAGUUCUCAUUGUCUGUGUUCUAUCAUAUUUUUUCUUGAUGGCUAUUCUCACACUUUACACAUCUUACAAAGAGAAAGGAAUAUUUCUCGUGGCACUACAGAAAGACCCUGCCGGUGUUGAUCCGGACAAUGUGUUGACCAUUUCAUCUUAUCUCAAAAAAUAUGACGAUGUAUACCAACUCAUGGUUGAUUACGAAAAUGGUGUAAAAGGUUGCUCCCGGUCUGGAACCUUAAAGCAUUCUGUGGCGAAAUACUUUGAUGAAAAUGGUGUUCUAUGUUACAAUGUUUACAAAUCUGAAUUGAAAAAUCUCGUUGACAAAUUACUUACUAAAAAAGAUGACUGAUUCUUUUAGUAAUGAUUGUCUUCAUUCACUUCUUGAAAUUGUAAAGUUUGACAUUGGUGAAAUGAGAAAAAUAAAUGUGAAACUGUA